AUGGUGGCUAGAUUGGCUGUGUUCAUCCUUGUCGUGUCCCAUACAGCUCUUUCUGCUGAUGUAGAUUGCUUCGCUGCUCGUGAUUCUGGAUCAACAUGCUCUGAAAACAGUUCCUCUAGAAUGUUCUACUACCUUCCACGUCUUGGAACAUGUCAACCAUUUGUAUACCAGGGAUGUGGAGGAAACAGCAACCGGUUUGCCAGUGCACAAGAGUGUAGGGCUGCAUGCUCGAACGCCCAGGCUCAAAGAGAUUCUGAAUCAAAUGAUGAGACUGUUCAAAUGAAAUCUGCCUGCUCAGCCACCUAUGAUACUGACCACUUGACACCAGUCAGAUGCUCUUCAGCAGCAACCACUUGCCCAACUGGACACAACUGUAUCAAUUCCUUCUGCUGUCCAACUGCUAACUAUCUCUGUAAUUUGAAAUACGACUCUGGAAAGUUUGCUGUUGGAGGGGAGAAGAGUGACAAAUAUUUCUGGGUUCCAAAAUACACCACUUGCAUGCGUUUCUCGUUUUAUGGAACCCUCGGAAAUGCGAACAAUUUCCCAAAUUAUAACUCUUGCAUGGCCACCUGCGGAAAUCAGACAAGAACAUUUGCCUAA